AUGGACGCACGCGCCAUUCCAGGCAAUGUGCCCGGCGCGCGAGGCAGCGCGCCGGGCGCUGCCGCGGCGAGCGUGCUGGAGCAGAAUCGGCGCGUGAGCACGCCGUUCGUGGUGGACAAGACGCGGCGCGAGGCGUCGCGCGCGUGGGACAAAUUUUACAAGGCGCACGAGGAUCGGUUUUUCCGGGACCGGCAUUGGACCGACCGCGAGUUUGCCAGCCUGCGUGCGGCAGACGGCGAAGAAGGGAUUGAGCAGGCGCUUGGGCAGGGUGCGCAGGGUGCACAGGAUGCGCCGGUGCUGCUUGAGGUGGGGUGCGGUGUCGGGAACACAAUCUACCCGUUGCUGGAAAAAAAUGCAGCGCUGAAAGCGUAUGCGUGCGACUUUUCGCCGCGGGCCGUUGCCAUGGUGAAAGAGCAUGGUGCGUAUACACCGGAGCGUGUGCAUGCUUUUGUGUACGAUUUGGUGCGCGAGAAAGGCACGCUCCGUGCACAUCUUGCAACGCGGCGCGGCUGGCCGCCGGUCUCGACGCUCUCGCUCAUCUUUGUGCUUUCGGCGAUCCCGCCGCACGAGCACGCAGCGGUGCUUGCUGCGCUGGUCGAUGCUGUGCCGGUGGGCGCCACGCUCGUGUUCCGCGACUAUGCACGCUGCGACAUUGCACAGCUCCGCUUUCACACACGCAAGGACGCACAGUGGGCGGAGCCGAGUCUCUUGAGCACGGACUACGACUGGUACAGACGCGGGGAUGAGACCAUGGCCUAUUUUUUUACCAAGGACGAGGUCGAGCGCCUGAUGCACAGCACCGGGCGUCUCGCAGGCACGGUGGAAGAAGUGGUCAAGACAAACACGAAUCGGCGCACAGGCGUGCUCAUGGAGCGUCGUUUUAUUCAGGCACAGCUACGCAAAACUAGCUAA